AUGGAAAACCAGGAUCCCCUCCUAGGAGAGAAGAAUAUUCCUCCCCAAGCCCCAUCGUCCCAGGAGCCUCCUCAGCAGAUGCAUGCACUUCCCCAGGUUCAGCAAACUGUCGCUCCCUCGCGAGGAAUCUCGCUGACGAGCUCGGACGUCUUUCGCCACCGUCGCCAUCUCUACCGAACUUAUUCGAGGCUGAAGUACGCCAUGCCUUUCGUGGUGGGGUUGAAUGCCACGAAAAGGGCUAUGGUCAAAGCACGCAAAUUGAGCGACAAGGCGGGGACGCCCCUGCUGGGCACACUGAAGAGAAAGACAGCUAAGGUUUCGACAUUCUGCCACAACCAAGAAGCGAAGGUUGUCACGGCUUAG